UACCGAAACAAACUUAGUGACCAACAAAAUCUGCAGAUAAAUCAACAGAGGGAAACGCUGUGUCAGAAGCAAGAAGAAGUCAACGAGAUUGAUAGACGCAUAUCAGAGCUUCAGGAGAGGCUUCACCGGAAACGUCUCCUCAACCAACAAUUAGCUAACCAAAUUACAGUUGCUAACAAUAAACAGAACAACACUUCAAUCAAUCAACACAAUCUAAGAUCGUCACUUUUAUCUGCUAAUCAGCAUCAACAGCAAAAAUACCAUGAGCAUCAAAAGGCCCUACUAUCUAAUUCUGUUAAAGGGUUUAAUAAGCAGCCACUCCAUCGCCCUUUAGAUGGGUAUCCCAUCAUACCUAAUAACACAAAUUGUGUUGAUACGUCGACCGACUCUGAAAAAUCCCUAAAGAAUUAUUCCCCUCCCUCACCUCAAGGUCCUAUGCCAGUGAAUGCAUACCUUAUCACAAGUGCUCAGAAUCAAAAGGCACUAUCAUCCUCUCCAGAUGAACUUUCUUCACAGCUCCAAAAGUCAACUCAAGAACCUCAGCAACCAGAAUUAAGAUUUGGAGCAUCUCAAGAUGAUUUCCACAUGAAGCUUCAGCAUCAGAAGCAAACAGCUCGCUUCUCAUCCCACAAUAACAAUAUGAACUGCAUCAACAACAACAAUAAUAAUAAUCUACCCUCUAGUAUAAACAAUAAUGUCAGCAUGAAGAACAACACUGUGCAGGCAGCAAUUAUGUCAAUGAGUGCUGCAUGUAAUGAAGAAAAAGAUGAAUUCCUAUUAGAAUUUUCAGGGAACAAAUCAGAUCCUAAAUACCAAACAUUGCCCUACAAAUUUUCUCCAAACUCCUUACAAACUUCAACAUCAAUUUUACCUUCCCCAGUGAGCUCAAAAUCUCUUAAGACCGAUUCUGGUAGUAGCUCAGACGAAAACAAUAAAGGGAAUACCAAUACUGGAUCUGCUCGGGGAAUUUUGCCCACUCAGAAUUCUGGGGCAAAAGUUCCCAGCGUAGAUCUUCUAAGUCAGCAUCAUGUUCCCUUUAACAAGAUCAACACAACUAUCCCAUCUUCAAUAGCUAAUGUUCAAUCAAGAGUUUAUGGAGUUUCAUCAAUGGCUCAGAGAGGUCAGCCUGUUGGAGGGGCAGUUUCAUCUUCCUCUAGCAGUAUGAGCAAUAGUUCAAGUCCUACAGUAACUUCAGUGUCAAACACUAACUCAACAACCACCAACCACCAGGUCGGUAUUGUGGCUCCAUGUGGUCCUGAACUGACAACCACAGCAAAUUGGGCCGCACGAGCAGCACUUGGCUCUGUGUCCUCGACUAUCGUUACUGCUGCUCCCACUAACUUCAACCAAGUCCCAGCUCUUUCUACCCCCUCUUCCACUAACAAGGCUUCUUCAAAUCCUGUCCUUACCCCCGUUUUGGCAACAUCAGCUAUUCUGGCCCCUACCAAGUUGGAUUCCUUGUGUCAGUUGACACGGCUGCCAGUUGAAUCAGGAUCUGUUGUGUUGCCUCCUACUCCACUCACUCUGGCUAAUCAGCAGAAGCCUGUAAGCAGUAUAGCCCCAACCUCUGUCCAGCAUCAAAAACCAUCUCCUAUCUAUCAAACAUCAUCAACUAAAAUACACCCUAUUCAACCCCAAGUGUUGAGCUCUACACCUCAAGGAGUUUUAAAGGAAAGAAAAGGAGAUAUCUCACCACCACAGAGCACUUCAACACCUCUUAGCACUCCAGAUGUUACAUCAGAUAGAGGAACUAUUGGAAAGCCAGCACUUCCUCCAAAACCAGCUGUCCCAAUUAAACCAACACCCCCACCAAGGCAAACUCAACAUGUCCCUCCUUACAUGGAAAGCUCACCAGGAUGGCUAACCGACCCUAGAUCUACCAACCCAUCAUGGGGAAGUGAGAAUAGGCCUACUGUUGAAGUUACAUCUGAUGUAGAAAAUAACCCUCUUAGAGCUGGUGUCUCCAUCUCAAUAAGAGGAAUCACGACUCAGCAUUCUCUUAGUCAAACGCAACCUGAAUGUCUGAGUCAGAACUCCAGCAACUACCAUCAAAAUAUUCAACAAAAAGACCCAUCUCUUCAAGAUGCCUUACAAGAAGCUCUCCAAGAUGUUGAUGAAUCUAACAGCUCCACUCUUAGUCCUCCCCCACCACCACCAACAACAGAACCUCCAGAAGAAGUAACAAGCUUCACAUGGAGAGCAAAUAAUGAAAAUCAGUCUUUAAAAAAUAAGCCACUUGGCUCAUCAAAGCAGCAACUGACAUCUGAAAGCUCAAAACAUCAUAAUGCUGGAGUUGGAAACCUAAACACAUUAUCAAUGCUCAACAACAACAUUACCACCAACAUUGGUGGUAACCUGAAUUCUAGCAACCAUAAUAAUAACUCCAUGCACAUGGUGUCUCUUAGUCGCCGAAUUGAAAUGCCGCCAGCUUUUCUAUUUCCUGAAAAUGAAACACCACCAGCUGAUCUCAUUUCUACAAGAGAUGAUAACAGAGCUACAAAUAAUAUUCAUGAAAAUUCCGGUUCACAUGAUGAGACAGAUCGCAUAAUGCCUCUUGGUGCAACUGAUUGUAACUUACCGGAUGAAAAUAAUAAGCAAACGCAUUCUCAUGAUGAUACAAAUAAAUGUGUAUCAAACGUCAAUGAUAUCAUUGAGACUAUGAACAAUUUAAACACAACAGGUCCACAACUUGAUGACAACCAGCCUGUCAUCAAUGAGACCAAAGGGGAAUCAUCGCCUUUACACAUUGUAAGGAGGGCUAAGAAAGGCAACUUAAAAUCAGGGAAAAUGUCAGUGACAGGUUCUGGGUCAAGAAGAGUAAGCUUUGAUCCAUUAGCUCUUUUGCUUGAUGCCUCGUUAGAGGGUGAGCUAGAACUUGUACGGAAGACAGCUGGUCAAGUAUCAAAUCCAAGUGCAGCCAAUGAUGAAGGAAUAACAGCUCUACACAAUGCUAUUUGUGCUGGUCAUUUGGAUAUUGUGAAAUUCCUUGUGGAAUUUGGUUGUGAUGUUAAUGCUCAGGAUAGUGAUGGCUGGACUCCACUGCACUGUGCUGCUUCAUGUAAUAAUCUGGCUAUGGUCCGUUUUCUAGUUGAACAUGGGGCAUGCAUAUUUGCAACUACUCUUUCAGACCAUGAAACAGCUGCUGAAAAAUGUGAAGAGGAUGAAGAAGGAUUUGAUGGCUGUUCUGAAUAUCUUUACAGUGUUCAAGAAAAACUGGGCAUUCUUAACAAUGGGGUUGUCUAUGCAGUAUUUGAUUAUGAAGCCCACAACUCUGAUGAACUUGCCUUCCAUGAGGGGGAUAAAAUGGUUGUCCUCAGGAAAGGUGACGAGUGGGAGCGAGAAUGGUGGUGGUCAAGAUUAAAUGAUCAGGAAGGUUACAUUCCUCGCAAUCUUCUAGGGCUCUAUCCAAGAGUACAUCCUAAGAAGAACUCUGAAUGACAUCUGGAGCUCCUUUCAAGAAAUUAGCCUUGGUAAAUUUGACAGAACUUGUGGUACAUGAAGAGUUUUGUCCUUUGUGAUCGCUUUGAAAUAGAAACUGAUAUUCUUUGGUUUCAAAUACAGAAGCUUAAAACCAAUGGCCUUAUUUUCAAAUAAAAUUUUGAUAUCUAGCAAUAAUUCACAAAUAUUUGUGAAAAAGAUAAGAUGGCAUUUGCAUAAAAUAAAUAUCCAGACUAUGCAGAAAAAAGUUUUAAACUUUUCCUUGCAUAUCAGUCACAAACUCUUGGCCUCAGAAGUUAAUGGGAUCAAAAUUACACUAAGAAAAUCUUUGUUUCAUUUAAUUUAGAAAAAACGUUUUUAUGUUUCUUGUCACCUGUUAUCUAAUAUUUAUAACUUGGGAACAUUCUUAUUGGUUUAAAACUUUAUGAAAUUUUUGGAAUAUUCAUUAUCACUACACAUAUUUAUGAUUGUAAUUUAAAACUGCUGAUAAAACUCCCUUAAGUACAGAGCAUGCUUGAGCUUCUUCAAAAUUCUCAAAUCAUGUCAUUUAAUGACAUCUUGUCAAUAUGGCCUCGCUUCAAGAAUAGCUGUACUUCACCAAAUACACCAGCCAGCUUAACACUCCUCUCUUUCCCAGUAUUUCAUCAACAUAAAUUUUUAAUAGAAUUUUAAUUCUAUCUGUCUGUAGCUCAGAUUGUUGAUCUGAUAUGACCAAAUUUGUGAGAUUUAUGAUAGUAUAUAUGUGUAACAUAGUAUAAAGUGCAAAAUUAAAUUUCCAUAUUUUUUGUAAGCAAUUUGUAUUGAGAUGAAAUUGAAAUACUAUUAGUCUUUUCUCUGAAAUUUAUUCUUGCAGAUUUUUAUUUUGUCUUAUUUUGCAACUACAUGUAGUAGUUUCUUCAAUGGACAGUACAAAGUUUUUUUUCAAUUCAAUCAUUGCACUCUGUAUUCACCGCAUUGAACUUGUAAAGUUAGUUUUUGUCAUGGAAUUGUCAUAUCUUUUCUUGUCAAAGCUUCUGUAAAACGCUAAUAACUUAAAUUUUCAAACUCUUGCCUAUGGUCAAAUGAACCAAUUGAAAAGAGCUGCCAUGCUGUUGCUUAUGUUCUGCCAAAGAAUGACAGUUCUUACUUGUUUUAUAAUUUUAAAAUAUAAACGUGUGAAGAAACUGAUGUGCCUUUAUAAAAAAAAUUAUGUAAAAAGUGUACAUAAGAUGAAUUGAAUACAUGUAUUGAUUUUUAUUGUAAAGUUGUGAAUAAUAAGUUUUCUAUACAAUUUUAUCUUCAAAUAUUAAAUAAGGCUGUUGAUAGUAAGAACUAUAUUUUUACCUAAUAAGAGACUUAAUUCAUACUAGCUGUGCUAGUCAUUCAAUGCUACUUUUUAUGAAUAAGUUGGAGGUAUUUUGUUACUUUCGUAAGAUUGUGGUCUGAUGAUAUUCAGCCUACAAAACUGUCAUUAAAUAUUUAGAUAGUUUGACCGAAUUUGUGAUCCAUCAUUCAAAAAGAUAAAUUACAUAAAAUGGUAAUGACAGGUGCCCGUCCUGAGGGCAAAACCCAGUAUCUUAAGGUGAGAACGAAUAGUGUAAAAUUAAACAUAUCACACUCUGUGACAAUGCUCAUUA